AUGGAAACAUCAGAAAUUGAAAUACGUAAAAUGGUUGAUCAAACAUUAUUAGCAAAAGCUCGUAAAGCACGAUUCGAUGAUCUACCAAAUUUUUCUGGGCAUCCUUCUGAGGAUGUCGAACGGUUUUUAAAAAGCAUUAAAAAUAUAACCAAAGCAACUGAUGAAUCAAAUAAUCAUGAAAUUUUAGAAAUUGUUCGUGGUAAACUAAUUCAAUCAGCUGGAACAUGGUUCGAUAAUAAUGAACCUAAUUUCAAAAAAUGA